AUGUUUGAUAAUACACCGGUUGUAAAUUAUGCGUCAGCGACAUUAAAAGACAAGAUAGCGAGUGACAUUAACAACAGUCUAACUCCAAAUAUCAUUGAAGAUAUAGAAAAAUCACCGUACUCUUAUAAUCUAGGUUAUGAGCAAUUCAUAAAAAAUUUAUAUAUUACUAUCCUACAUUCCAUGAUUUGUGACGCCGAUUUGAUAACAAACCGCAUUAAAUUCAGCAUCGUUGACAUACCAUUAAUCGAGCCAAUUAUUUUGGUUGAAGAUGAUAACAGCCAAUUGUUGCACGUUCUGUCGCGGUCUUUAAUGCGUCGAAUUUUUCAUCACAAAGGUAAUUUGAAAAUAGUCAGCAGCGACAUCUCGACCUCGAGUUCUCUGGAAGACUAUAAUGAAGAUAAGGAUAAGGAUUCACGUUUUUCGCCGACAAAAAUGUUGAAAUUAUCAGAUGAUAAAACUCAUCGUGAAUUGAGUGAAGAUUCUGUUUAUUUAUCGAGUAUCGUUCAAGAAAAAUUGAUACUGUGUUAUGUUACUGUUGAACACGCUGUUAUGCAUUACUGUCAGUAUUUAUCGACUAAUGGUAAUCCGGAUUAUGAGCACAAAUUACUGGAAGAUAUUAAAGCCAAACGCUCGAAACAUAUCUUCUUGCAUGAAUUGAUUACGACAAAAGAAAGCCGUACAAUUGCCAGAUAUAUUGGCAAAUAA